GUACUUUGUUUCUCAUUCUCAUUUCUCAAUUUUCUCAUUCUCAACAAAACAAAUAAUAUUUAUUAUCAUUUUUAACAGUCCUUCGAUUUUAUUACAAAGAAGUUAAAAUAGUUGUCUAAUAUUCUGUUUAAAAAAACAAAAGACAGUAGCACUUUUUAACCAUUGACUAUUUGUGUAACCACUUCAAAAGGCUUUAUAUUAAUUAUGGAGUUUCCUUCGCUUGGUGAGCACUGCCAAAACAAAGAUUGCAAUCAAACAGACUUCCUGCCUCUGCAAUGUAAAUGUGGAAUAGUAUUCUGCCGACAACAUUUCCUCGACCAUUGUUUGUCAGGCGAAUGCAGUUUGGCGCCAAAGCCCAAAGAGGUUAACUUUGAAAAUGAAGAUCAGAUUUACAGAUGCUCAUCAAAAGGUUGUAAAAAAGGAAAUCUUCAUGAAAUGCUUUGCAAUAAAUGCAACAAACAUUAUUGUAUAGAACACAGGUUCCACCCAUCAUGCCCUGAAAUAGAUGAUGAAACUAUGGCAGCAAAAGUAGAACAAUUUGAAGCACCAAGGCGUCAGUUCCGAGAAGCUAAUAAGUUUCUACAAGAAAAGAUUACAGAGAACAUAAGGAAAGCACUCCAGUCAUCAGCAAAAGUGAAGACUGCAUCCAAAAUCCACUUAAUGAGAAUCAAACAAAAAGCUCAAGGACCCAAAUCCAUACCAAUUACGGAUAGAGUAUAUUUUGCAAUAAAAAAACCUACCGACAUGCAAUCAAAAGCAGUCACUAUUGUGAAUGAUGAAAGUACUAUAAAAUGUAUUGAAUCACUGACACUUGAUCCAGAUUUAAAAGACACAGUACCAGUAUUUAUUUCUAAAAAAUGGAGCCUCGGUCGUACAAUUGAUUCUAUAUGUGAUACAUGCAAUAUAAGAAAUGAUAAUAACAAAAUUGGAGACAUCAAACUAAGGUUGUUCAGACAAUUGGACGGGUACUGUAUUAGCCCUUUAAAAAUGGAUGUUGACAUUGAAGAGUUGCUGGCAAAAGAGGUUUUGUUAGAGGGUGAUAAGCUAGUCAUAGAAUAUAUAGAUAGUAAUGUUAUAAAUAAUCUUGUUGAUAAUGCACAGAUAUUUUUAACUUAAAUAUACAUUAUUCUCCAUUUU